AAUAGGUUUUGUCGAGUGAUAUAUGAAAUGAAGAGAAAUAUUAUUUUUAUAAUUUUGGUUUCGAUUUCAUAAGUUUUUUGGGAAUAAUGAAAAUGAAACCAAUUAUAAGUCUAUUGGUUUUGAGUUCAAUAUAUUUGAACGUUAAUUGCAGUGAAGUAUCGAUUGAUCCGAAAGUGACGCUUAACUCAUUAGAAGACAUAGAAGUGUUAACUUAUUUUCUUCUUUGGAAAUAUAAUUACUUCCAAAACAUUAGAAGAGAUGAAAGAAAGUUUGAUUUGACAGAAGACGACGAGACCAUCGAUGACAGUGAUAUUGAAUCCAAAUUAUUAAUGUUUAUCGAGAAUUUAAAAGACAAUAAACUGAUACAACAUAUCACUAAUUCCUCAUCUCUGGCCUCAAUUGAUACGACAACAAGAAGUUGCGAUAAUAUAGACAAUCAUAUGAUAAGCAAAUGGGCGACCAAUACAUCGUCCGAAAAGAUCCGAAGCAUAUGUGAGGCGUCGACUGGAUGUAAGUCCGCUAAACAACUCAUUGAACUAAUCGGUAGUCCAAAUGUUAAACCGGUUCCUCUAUUGUUAAGUCAAUCGAUAGUAAGAUUGUGUCCAUUAAUACUCUUUCAAAUACAAGAACACCAAUGCAUUGCACAACGAGAGAGUCAUUACAAAGCACUGAAUCGGCCUAAUUCUGGAGCCGUCUGGGGAUUCGGUAUACUCUUUGUAACAAUUGUCAGCUUUUGUUCCCUCAUUGGUGUCGCUAUUAUACCACUUCUGGCCAAAAGUACAUACGAUGUGAUGUUAACACUGUUUGAAGGCCUAGCGGUCGGCAGUUUAGUGGGUUCGGCAAUAUUUCAUUUGAUUCCUCAAUCAUUUAACCUAACGAGGGAUGGCUCUCACGCCUACCUCUGGAAAGCGCUCAUUAUUUUUGGUGGCAUUUAUUUAUUCUUUUGGUCCGAAAGAAUCAUGAAAAUGGUGGUCGAGUUUAGACGCAAACGCAAACUCAAUGUCCAAUCAGUCCCUUCGUGUACGAGCGCUGAGUUAGAACCUCAUCGACCUAUUCCUCAACAAAAACACGUCUACUUCAAAGAUUUUGAUUACGACAAACAGAAUGGUGUCGUGAAGAGCACCGAUAGUCUCAAUAAUAUUCCGGAAACUACUAGUCAUGACAGAGAUUUAGACAACGAAAGACAUAAAUCAAUAGAUAAUGAGUCGACAGACAGUCGCUCAGAAUCGUUGGUUUUUGAGACAAUCGCUAGAGAGAGGAGUCGAAGCAAUUCAUUUAGUCUAAGACACGGACACUCUCACGGAACAGCUGGCGAACAGAGGGUAGAGAUCGCGACCGUCGCGUGGAUGAUCAUCUUCGGCGACGGACUCCACAACUUUAUCGAUGGCAUUACAAUCGGCGCCGCAUUCUCUCAGAGUAUUCUCGAAGGCAUCAGUAUAUCAGUGGCUGUUAUUUGCGAAGAGUUUCCGCACGAAUUGGGAGACUUCGCAGUCCUCAUCAGUUCUGGAAUGACAGUGAGAGAGGCGUUGGGCUAUAAUUUUGUGUCCGCCUGUACGUGCUAUUUGGGGCUCGCAUUUGGCAUACUGUUGGGUGAUUUGGCCGAUGCGGCGCCCUAUGUGUUCGCAUUGGCCGGCGGUAUGUUCUUAUACAUAGCGCUGGUAGACAUGAUGGGCGAACUCACGGCAGCCCUCGAUCGGGCCACACAUCAAGGCAUGAGUGAGACAUUAAAAGUGCUAUUAUUACAGAAUAUAGGUAUCCUAUUGGGUGUCUUCACACUCCUAUUUCUGGCCAAAUACGGCGAUAAAAUUAACUUUGAGGGCUUAGCGCCGCCCAAACAGUCG